CAAGAAAAUUCUGGACGAAAUGCGCUGCCUUUUGGAGGAGCAAGUGUGCAGCUAGUUGUUAUAAAAUAAUUGAUAACAUUUCUUUGAGGCUUUGGUAGGUGUGAGGUACGCGUAUACUGUUUCCGUACCUUUCUGCCCUGUAUCCCUGUAUCUCUGGUCAGUGCAAAUAGGAUCAGAGCUGAAGCGCACUACUGGUUUCAAACUGACUGCAAUCAUCGUCCGCUGUUGUCGGGCGCGUGGACAGCGCAUUGCCGUUGGGUCGGCUCUCCGUGACCUGAAGACGGUGAUAUUGAGGAUGCUUAGACCCUAUGCUGAACGUCGUCUAGAAUAAGAGAACGUGUAGCCAAAGGCGAAAAGUCGCAGUGACUAUGACGAAUGGAUGCAGUAUCCCCAGCUGCCAGAACAACGGGAAGAGCGAGACAAAGGUCGCUGCUGCUCGUGGCGUCGUAUUCCAUCGAGUACCAAAGAAACCCGCUCAUACGCGCGAGGCUUGGCUCCGCGUUCUGAACAAAAUUGUGCCGAACCGGAAUUUUACGGCUGAGCACAUCAGAAUCUGCAGCGAGCAUUUCGAGAAUGGCACAAGCUCACAGGACGCCGUACCUACAAGGUUUGUAGCUCGUGACGCACUGGCUACUGGUCUAGCGGAGCUUCCUGCGUUGAACAAUGUAGCAGCGGAGGUCCCAGUAGCAGCGGAGGUCCCAGUACUGGCAGUAGCAGCGGAGGUCCCAGUAGCAGAAGUGGAGCAGCAUGUUCAGGUGAUCCAGCAUCCACAUGCACUUCACAUUGAUGGCGCCGAUGCCGCACACGUGAUGUUACAAGUAGCCGCCGCCAUGGCAACGGGUGAAGGUUCCGUCUCCACCGGUGCCACCGCAUCCCAAUCCACCGGUCACGUAGCCACCAGCAAGAGUUCAGGAGUGCGAGGCAGCGUGGCUGCCACUGGCAACAGCCGUAGGGCAACUGCUGGCAUCAGACAGAGCAGCAGCGCCGGUAAAGACAGCGGGAUGGCAUCGUCGGCUAAUUCUCUCACUUCACAAGAUGAGGACACGGAAGAGAACAGCCAGAAACCCGCCAACGUCCAGAAGAAGGGGGGAGUGUUUAAGGACUUUGUCUCUUUGGCCGCCUCCGUCCCUGGUAUUAGCAGUUACAACAGCAGCACCAAUCCAAGUAGCGGAAGGCAGGGCGUCACUUCGAGCAGCACAAGGCAAGGCGUCACUUCGAGCAGCACAGGGCAGGGUGUCAUUCGCAGCAGCAGAGGACAGGAUCUCACGUCCAACAACACAGCCAUCACCCAUGACAGCCUUGCCGGUACGAGCUCCGGCACUGUCAGAGACGCCGCAACCUGCCCUAUCGCCACUGACUUGGCCGCCACAAGCUCUGUUGCAAGGAAUGCUGCCUCUACGACUGUUCACACGGCCUCCGUUCCAGCCGUGACCAGACCUGCCCUUACCAGCGCUGCCGCCACUAGCGCUGAUGGAGCUAGUGCACCGAGUUUGGCCAACAUUCCUUAUCAUUCAAUCGGUGCUGGCCCACUAAAACAAGGCCAGGGUCAGAGUGAUCACACUCACAGCUUGGACAUAGACUCCGAGACCUCUGCGGAAGUAUUGCCUGAUCUCAGCAGUAAAACUUCUAUGCAUCCUGUCUACGACAUUGGCCAUAGCAGCAGCAGAGCUCAGCGGCAAAGUCAAACCGCCGGCUGCGCUAGCAGCGGAACUCGUCAGGAACAUGCUCACCUGCCCGCCUUGUCUGGCGGUUUGGACUUUGCGUCGUUGCUCGAUGGCAGCAUUUCGCCUCCGUCUGAAUCGUGCUCGGCCCAGCAACUGUUCAUUAGCCCUUUCCAUUCGCCAACUUCUUCGUCCGUCAAUCGCAUUCCUGUGGGCGAUGAUGGAUGGCCAUUACCCGAAUACUUAGAAGAGGUGCUUGGCUUACUGAUCCCACAAGAAGCGGAGUUAAAAGCCGAAGGGUGUCAGGUGGUCCUGCAGCCAAGCAUCUUUCCAGAUAAACUGGAUGAAGGCAAUGGCUUUGCUGGACAAGAACCCCAGCGUUCUUUAGCAGCAAUGGAUGAAGUACGCAGGGCUCACGCUGUGGCAGGUCUGUGCAAUGCAGGUCAAGGGUGUCUGCAGCCUGCCAGCACAGGUGAUAUUGGUGAUUAUGCUGGUGGCGAUCCUACUGGUGGUGCUUGUGCUGCUGCUGCUGCUGCUGCUGCUGCUGCUGCUGCUGCUGCUGCUGCUGCUGCUGCUGCUGCUGCUACUGGUGGGAGUGGUGCUGGUGCUGUUAUUGAUGAUCAUGCAGGUGCUGGUGGCCGCCUUUUCACCGGUUAUGCUGCUGUUGCUGGGGAUGCUAGUGUUGCUGCUGGUGACUGUGCUGGUGGUGGCUUUGGUGCUGGUGCUGGUGAGGUAUCAGUGCAAGGGACGGCUAAUACAACGUGGCCUGAUGAUUUCAUCGAUUUGGCGUCGCCUGGUGCAUAUCGAAGCUGUCUCCCACCUCGUAUCCCGCACCCGCUAGCUGCAACUGAACCACCAUCUGGUCCAGCCAGAAACCAGCAUGACGGGCACCAUGGAUGGGCUAGUUUUACUGCGAAUCCUGGGCAGCUUGAUAUGAAGUGCGAGGAAGUGACUAAGGAGAUGGAGCAACUGCGAGGGUUUCCAACCAUACCAGGCGUGGAUGGGAGCAGGGCAAAACGCAGACGCUGGGACGGGUCAGCCAGUGCUGUGCCUGAUUUGCUGAUGACGCAGAGAACGACAGUGUCAUCCGGCAAAGGUAAGUUUUGUGCAUGCUGGGAAAUGAUUAUUUUCGUCAAACUCCACUUCAGUAGAAUUCUACCAGUUUGGUUCACUGCAGGGUGA